CGGACUUCCGGUUCCGGCCCUCGUCAUAUGCCGGGGGCACCGACUGCCACGCGAUUUCUCGCUCUCCUGAUCCCCUCGCCCUCCCGUCCGUUGUUCCCCUCUCCCGCAUCGACGCCAAUCGCCAGUGGCCCCUUCAGGCACCGCGCCGCCGGCAUGACCUCAGGGUCCCCCCCGGGUUCGCCCCCCUCCCCUCCUGGGUCCCAGAGAAAACGCAGUGCAACCAAAGAUUCAGUUGGCUUGUAUGCGGCGCAAUGCUAUAUGUGCUACAAAUGGCGUAUGAUUCCAACUAAAGAAGAAUUUGAGACACUUCGUGAGAACUUCACUGAGGAUCCAUGGUUCUGCAGCAGAAGACCAGAUUGCUCUUGUGAAGAUCCUGCUGACAUUGAGUAUGACAGCAGCCGCAUCUGGGUCCUCGACAAGCCCAACAUACCAAAGCCCCCACCAGAGACAGAGAGGCUAGUGAUUAUGAGGCGUGAUUUCAGUAAAAUGGACACCUACUAUGUCAUGCCAAAUGGGAAGCGUGCACGGUGUGCCGGGGAUGUAGAUAAGUUUCUGGAGGCAAAUCCAGAGUACAAGAACCGCAUAUCCGCUUCAGACUUCAACUUUGCACCACCCAAGGUUGUUGAGGAGACAGUUUCUCACAACUCUGCCUGGAAGGCUGCCAAGGCUAAGAAGCAGGACAAGGCAGACGCUUCUAGUGCACAGAAGUGAUAGAAGCUCUAAACGGUGCCUGUGCUAUGUUUAGGUGUUAGUCCUCUUAGGAUCAUGUCAUGUCUAAUGUAGGUUUUAUUGCUGUGAGCCUGUGACUUUGCUCUGAUGCAAGUGCAACUGAACCCUUGUGUUGAGCUUCCUGGGAAAUCUCUGAGAUCGUUAAUAAGUUCUGUUGGCCUCUUGCUCUUUUCCAAUAA